AUGUCUGAGAAUUCUCGACCAGGGACCCCACGGAAACGAUCAGAGACUGUCGCAACUCCUUCCCGGCCAGCAUCGAUGGAGUCUUUGCACAAUGGAUUCGAAGGACGAGAUCGGUCGCAGUCGGUCACACAGUCGGAGGGCUCACAAGUUCCUAGUGCGGGAUUCGACAGUAUUGACCGAGUGUUCCCCAUCCGAUCUGUGGUCUCCGUUGACCGGAAGGCCGCUGACCAGGCUGCACAUGCGAGGUCUACAGUUUCACCGACUCGCGAAGGCGCAAUGCAAUACCCGAUCAUCGAUACCCAAACCUGGAAUGAAUUAAAUUCCCAAUCCUCGCAACCCCGAUCCGAACCAGGGCUAACUGUGCCGACCGAUACAACUCGACUUGAAACACAUGCCACCAACGAUGCAACAGAGUUGGCAGCGCGCUCGAUGGCGUCUCACGUUAUCCAACACCCGGAGGAAUAUGCCAGGCAAAAAAGUGACAGCCAGUCGGGAAGCACCAACACCGCCAUGCCGGCAUCUCAGCAAGCAGCAAAAUCCGAUGAACCUAACAGUCUUGUUACGUCUCGAUUUACCCACGUCAUGACCAAGAGUGGUCAUGCAGUGAUCACGGGAAGGCAUGGCGAAUCAUUCCAAUACUGUGAGGAUGAGCCUAUUCGAAUUCCCGGCGCCAUCCAGUGCUUCGGAGUCAUGAUCGCCUUGCGCGAGGAGGCUCCAAAUAGGCUUGUGGUGCGCGUCGUCAGUGAAAAUUCGGAACAGAUAAUGGGUUAUACGCCCAAACAACUCUUUGAAGUGGAGAAUUUCUGUGAUGUGUUGAGCGAUGAUCAGUCUGACACAUUCCUCGACCAUGUUGAUUUCGUCCGUGAUGAUGCCUAUGACCCCAGCGUAGAUGGGCCAGAGGUCUUUAUCUUGUCUAUUCGAACUCCAGCGGGGGAGGCCCGUCGUCUCUGGUGUGCGACACAUGUUAGUCCUUCUCAAAAAGACCUGAUCAUAUGUGAGUUUGAAUUGGAGGAAGAUGAGCGCAAUCCACUGAACGUCGACGGACGUGCCACUCCGGCAACCCCUACCGAUACGAUGGGUGCGGUUCCGACCCCGGAGCAAUUUGCUGCAAGUACGAUCAACACCAGCCAACCGUUACGGGUUCUUCGCAACGCCCGACGAAGGAGAGGUGAAGCUGCUGCGAUGGAUGUCUUUAGCAUGUUCACUCAGAUUCAGGAGCAAUUAAGUCGGGCCAACGAUUUGGAUCAAUUGCUCAACACGACUGCUGGCCUGGUCAAGGAGCUCACUGGUUUUCAUCGUGUGAUGAUCUAUCAAUUUGAUAGUAGUUGGAAUGGCCUGGUCGUGGCCGAGCUUGUGGAUCCUAAAGUCUCCGUUGAUCUCUACAAGGGUCUCCAUUUUCCUGCAUCCGAUAUUCCUGCACAGGCCCGUGAACUUUAUAAGAUCAACAAGGUCCGACUUUUGUACGAUCGGGACCACAUCACGUCUCGCCUUGUGUGCCGGUCAUUGGAAGACCUGGAAACUCCCCUGGAUAUGACCCAUGCCUUUUUGCGAGCCAUGUCCCCUGUCCACGUCAAGUACCUCGCGAACAUGCAGGUCCGUUCGUCCAUGUCAAUCAGUAUCAAUGCUUUCAAUGACCUCUGGGGUUUAGUAUCCUGCCAUUCUUACGGAACAGCGGGCAUGCGCGUCUCAUUUCCUAUUCGAAAGAUGUGCCGGUUACUGGGAGACACGGUCUCACGGAACAUCGAGCGCCUUUCCUACGCAACUCGCCUGCAAGCAAGAAAGCUGAUCAAUACCGUCCCCACGGAGGCUAAUCCUUCUGGCUAUAUUAUUGCCUCGUCGGACGACCUUUUGCAACUUUUUGAUGCAGACUACGGUGCCCUUUCUAUUCGCGAUGAAACCAAAAUUCUCGGCGACACCACCCAUUCGCAGGAGGUCCUUGCAUUGCUGGAGUUUAUUCGAAUGCGUCAGAUAAACACGGUGAUGGCUUCGCAUGACAUCAUCAAAGACUUCCCAGAUCUGCACUAUUCCCCGGGACUCCGAGCAAUAUCUGGGCUGCUAUAUGUCCCCCUCUCUACUGGCGGCAGUGACUUUAUUGUAUUCUUCCGCAAAGGACAGCUCACAGAAAUCAAAUGGGCUGGUAAUCCAUAUGAAUCCGCAAAAAGAAAAGAAACAGCCGGAUAUUUGGAACCUCGUGAAAGUUUCACAGCCUGGCGAGAAACAGUCCUGAGUCAGUCACGUGAAUGGUCCGAAACAGAUGUUGAAACCGCUGCGGUCCUGUGCCUUGUCUAUGGUAAAUUCAUCAAAGUUUGGCGACAAAAAGAAGCUGCUAUGCAGACCUCUCAACUCACGCGGUUACUUCUCGCCAACUCUGCUCAUGAGGUUCGCACUCCUUUGAAUGCCAUCAUCAAUUAUUUGGAGAUUGCGUUAGAAGGAGCUUUGGAUGCGGAUACCCGUGAAAGCUUGACAAAGUCACACUCGGCUUCCAAGUCCCUCAUUUACGUCAUCAAUGAUCUUCUAGACCUUACAAACACAGAGACGGGUCAGGACCUUAUCAAGGAUGAAGCAUUCGACUUGAAAUGCACUUUACAGGAAGCAUUUGAUAUGUUGUCUGGAGAAGCCAAGCGCAAGAGCAUCUCCUUUUCCAUGUCUAUGCAACCUGGCCUGCCUUCCAAGGUUCUUGGCGAUCAAAGGCGUAUACGCCAAGUCUUUUCAAACCUUAUGUCCAAUGCUAUUGAACAGACCGCAUCUGGUGCAGUCAUUGUAGAAAUGUGGCGGUCCGCUAACCAAGACACAAGCGACCAUGUUGCAGUGGAGAUGAUGGUUGUGGACACCGGUGCGGGGAUGUCGAAAAUGAAGCUCGAGACACUUUUCACGGAACUGGAACAAGUUUCGACCGAAGGGGAAGAUAACAGACACGCUAUGGAGGAUCAUCAUCAAAAGCGUGUUCUUGGCUUGGGACUUGCCCUUGUAGCCAGGAUUGUAUACAAUAUGAGAGGUCAGCUGGGAGUUAAAUCCGAAGAGGGUAAGGGCAGUCGCUUCAAGGUGAAAAUGCAAUUCCGUCUACCGGAAGGAUCCUCAACUGAGACUCCUGAGGCUGACCAGGAAUUUACUCUGACUCGUGGUAACUCGGAACGGCAAGAGUCCAGGCGACGAAGUACGGAGAGUUUGCGAUCUGGAGCCAGCUCCCGUAGUGGGCGAAGCCAGGCCGAUCGGCUGAUCAGCGCCAUACAGGAGCCGCCACUUGGUCAAGGACCCCCGAGUGAGAGCUCUGAUCUAAGCAGGUUCAGGCAUUCUACCAGUCCCCAGAGCUCGGGAUAUAUGGCCUCUAUGGGUUCACCACCCUUAAAUUUCAGACAGGCAUCAAAUGCAGAUCCUCUUGCCAGCCUCUCCACCGUGACACAUACACCACCGACCACCCUACAACCCAUGGUGUCUCCGCCGAUACCGGGUACAGAAAACAUCACGGACUCAGGUGUGCCAUUGGGGCCUGUUCGAAUUUCCGAGCGCAAACCUAGGCAACCCUCUUCUCAUUUGAACCAGGAGCAAUCCUACUUCCCUCCUAUGCCUCUGCGUGUCGACACAUGUGAGACCAUCUCAACUGUGGGGGAAUCGUCUACAUCAGCAUCAGUAGCCCAAAGCUCUUCACAACUUCUGAGUGUAUUGGUUGCGGAAGAUGAUCCCGUCAAUAGCAAAAUCAUACAUAAACGCCUAACCAAGCUGGGCCACACUGUUGAGCUGACAGGUAAUGGUGAAGCCUGUGCAACCGCAUUCGCCGGUCGCAGCGGAGACUUUGAUGUCAUCUUGAUGGACAUUCAGAUGCCCAUCGCCGAUGGCUAUGCCGCCACCCAGAUGAUUCGUGACUUCGAAUCCAAGGCCGGCCCUGAGGCACUCUCCAACGUAGCCCGGAGCAAUUCCCGCAUUCCCAUUUUCGCUGUUUCAGCUUCACUUUUGGAAUCUGAGAGACAGAGAUAUAUCGAUACUGGAUUUGAUGGCUGGGUCAUGAAGCCCAUCAGCUUUUCUCGAUUGAAUAUGCUUUUCAGUGGCAUAUUUGAAACCGAGGCCAGAGAGCAAGCCACCUAUAAAUCAGGUCAUUGGGAGAAUGGUGGGUGGUUCUGA